AUGGUUUGGGGUCUGUAGACUUGGAUUUCUUGUCAAACAAGAGUAAUGUUUCGACAAAGGCUGCCGUUCGCACAGCUGCUCUUAGCCACAGUGCUCGGGGUCGCUGGUGGCAUCUACAUCUACAGACCUUAUUUUGAUUCACGACUAAAGGGCCUUGAACACCAAAACCAGGAUGUGCCAAAGAAAGGAAAUGACACGGACUGAGCAUAUCACCUCUCCCAGGAAACACUUCAUAGACUGAACAAUUACAACCGUUGGACUAGAAGCAAAACAAAACUCAAACCAGUGUGGAUAAAUUUCUGCUAUUAUGGGUUACCCUGCGUAAUGAUAAAAUAAAAUAUUUUAUUCUAUGACAUCACUUUUUUAACAUGAUAUAAAAUGCUGACUCUUCAGUUUUAAACACCCGCCUGCCUUACAAUUAUUCGUAAGAAAUCAUUUGUAAAUGCAAAUGGUGUUAAGUGAAUUGUGAACUAAAAAAUAAAAAUGUUUUCUCAUGUUGAGUGAAUCAUGA